AUGACGCCGACUAUGAAGGGUAAAGGGGCGGUGUCUGGCAAGAGUAAGAAGGUAUUUCACAUGGGAGAGCGAUCUUCGGCUAGAUUGGAGAUGCACGGAGUCCCAAAAGGUGGCUACUUGACGGUGAAUGCUAUGGAUUUUUGUGACCCGGUGUUGGCGGAUCUUGAUUCACCUUCUUCUACUGAUGCUAACAUCGAUGAGGCCAAUGACGCAAGGAUGCUGGAAGAGACCAAACUUCCAAGGCCUACUCUCUCUGGGGCUAUGGAAGUUUGGGGCUCAGGUGCAGUCUGUUUCUAUGGGAUUGAUGCAGUAGGGUCUCUUAUGUCUGGGCCAAGACCUUUUAGAUUUGAUGUUAGUUGGCUAGAUAACUUAGAGGUGGUUGAGCUUAUUAAGAAAACCCGGUUGCAUUCUGUGGAGGUGGGUUCUACGGAUUUUCAAUUGCACAAAAAAAGCGUCAAACACAAAUUGAUUGGUUGGAAAAAGGAUAAUAAAUUCGAUCUUAAGGCUAAGAUUGAUGGGGUUCUAGUUGAUAUUGAAUUAUUGGAUCUUAAUGCUCUGUCAUAUGGAGUUCUAACUAAGCAGAUGGUAGUGGAACGUGGGGUUAAACUGAAGGAGUUGGAGGAUUUGGGAAGAUCUGAAAAAUUUUAUUGUAAACAAAGAUCUAUGAAUAAAUGGUUGAACGCAGGUGACCUAAACACUAAGUUUUUGCGUGCCAUUGCUAGUGCUAGAAGAAGACAGAAUGAUAUUUCAGGUCUGAAUAUCCCUGGGUUAGACCUAGAGGAUAAUUCUGUCAUUGAAGUGGGGGUCAUUAGCCAUUUUAAAAAAGCCUUUACUAAAGAGGUGGUGAUGACACUAACCUUUCUGAAUGUCCCUUCUAGGAUGCUGAAUGAAGAGCGAAGUGUUUUUUUGGAGGGGGCAAUCACUAUCCAGGAAUUGCAUCACGUUGUUUUUGCUCUUCCUGGUGAUAAGGCGUCAGGCCCGGAUGGCUUUCCUUUGGUUUUUUUCCAAAGAUUUUGGAAUAUAAUCAAAGAUGAUUUGUUGGCGGUUGUUCGAGAGUUCAUGAUCAGAGGUCAAAUUUUUAAGGGCAUCAAUUCCACUUUUUUGGCAUGGAUACCUAAAAAAUCAGUGAUCAGUGAGCUCUCAGAUAUUAGGUCGAUAAGUUUGCUCAUUAGUGUUUACAAGAUCAUUGCUAAGAUCUUGGCGGAGCGACUUAAGGAAGUCCUUCAUCUCUUCUACACAAUCGGCUUUUAUUUAGGAUCGUCAAAUUACUGA